UGAAUUCCAAUGACCAAUGCUGAUGUCUCCAAUUUUUUCCUUCAUUAAAAUCGCCCAUGUCCAUAAGCCCAGAAAUUUAAACCCUAAUCUCAAAUUUUUAUACAAAAAAACUCUAAGCCAUAUUUCUACUCGCUUCCAUCUAUGCACUGUUUCAGUAGCAAUGUCGUCAGCUUCCGUUAAAAUAGUGGCGGAGUAUGCGAAAUCAGGCAGGUCUUCGUGUAAAAAAUGCUCGAAAAGCAUCGCUUCUAGUUCGCUGAGGCUGGGAUUGGUCAGCAAAGAUCCCCGAGGCUUUGAUAUGACCAAGUGGCAUCACUUUAAUUGCUUUCCAUUUACUGAUUCUAAUGCCAUUUCCUCCGCUGAAGCCAUCACAGGUUUCUCAUCCCUCAAGACCAGUGAUCAGGAGGCUCUAAAGAAGUUAGCCAAUGAAGGAGCUCAGACUUCGAUGAAGAUAUCUGAUGGAAAGAAAGAUACAGCUGCCGUAAGUGUGAAAAGAGGUGCCAAAGGACUGAAGAUUAAUCAUACAGAUGAUGUGGAGUCUAAUGAGCAAAAGCAAGGGAACUUUAAGAAACAAAAGUUGUCUACACCUAGUGAAGGAGGAGAGUUGGAGAUAGCUUUCUCUGCUUCUGAUAUUAAGGAGAAGUACAAGGACACUAUGCUGUUGCCUAAAUGGAAGGCUUUCCAGACAAUUAUAUUUCUUGAACGGGAUGAUGGUCUUCGUGAUUCAAGUAAAAUUGCAGCAUUUGAUUUUGAUGGGUGUCUUGCGAAGACAUCUGUUAAAAGAGUAGGUGCAGAUGCUUGGUCCGUCAUGUAUCCUUCCAUACCAGAGAAGCUCAAGAGUUUAUAUAAUGACGACUACAAGCUGGUCAUCUUCACUAAUGAAUCCAAUAUUGAGCGCUGGAAGAAUAAGAGACAGGCUGCUGUAGAUUCAAAAAUUGGACGACUUGAAAAUUUCAUUAAGCUCGUAGAAGUUCCCAUUCAGGUUUUCAUUGCCUGUGGAGUCAAUUCUGGGCAACUAGAGGAUCCCUUUCGCAAACCGAAACCUGGCAUGUGGAGAAUUAUGGAGAAACAGUUUAAUUCUGGUCUCCCAAUUGACAUGGAUAGAUCCUUUUAUGUUGGUGAUGCGGCUGGAAGACCCAAUGAUCACAGUGACGCUGACAUAAAAUUUGCACAGGCUAUUGGACUAAAAUUUUAUGUCCCGGAGGAGUUCUUCAUGAGUUCAGCGUAGUUUCUGGUUUGUAUUUUUCGGAAUUGAAUUCCAAUACUUUGGCCAUUGUAUAGUGUUGAUUGGCAGAUGAAAACGGAGUGUGUUCCAUGUAUUGAAAUUUACUGGGAUACCUGUCUUGAACACAAAUCAUCUGACUUACUCUUUCCAUCUUUUGUACUUAUGUCUUGUGCUAUGCUCAGUUGAGCCAUGCAUCUAGAUGAGUGGAUCUUCUCUUCCA